AUGUCCUGGGUGGCUCCUCAGCAGUAUCAGCAAUGGUCCUCAGCCUCGAUGGGCCGCAGCAAUCCGUCUCAAGCAUGGUCGGGAGGUUGGCCACAGGCUGCGCCUGCUCCCUACCCUGGGCCUCCCCCGAUCCCCGCAGGUGUCAACGCACAAGCAUGGACAUCCGGACAGUGGCAAUAUAAUCCCAUGUUUCACGGUCAAGUCUCGGGUGCUCAAGCUACAUUCCAGGCAUGGGCACCCCAUCCUAGCUGGGGUCAGCAGGCCGCCAUUGCUCAGGCACAAGCGCAGGCCGCAGCAAACUACAACCCGUACAAGCGCAUUCCAAACCCUGGCGGUCCCGAAUAUUGGAACACAAAGCUGCAGGAUAACGGGUUGGGACUGGAGAACAUGCACAUCAGGGACGAUACGCCGAAGAAGACGCAAGACAAUGGGGUAGUGCAUACACCUUGGGUAUGGGUCCCGCGCGAAUUGUGUAAGUCUCCCGACCGCCGUGAUUCGUCUGAGCUCCAUGACGGCCAAGGUGGUUCGGAUAAACAGGACCAGCGCAGCCAAACUUCCGACCCACUACCAGAGAGUCAGACUCGCUCUCAUGAACGUUCGGCUUCCACCACGGACGCGUACCAUCCGACCCGAACUCGCGAAUAUAAUGGCAUUUAUGGAAGCUCCUCAUCUCAUCGUGACUCUCUAGUUGGAAGGCCGGCCGCUCAAGAUAAGUCUGAUAGUCGUCGAUCCGUUGUCCCAAGGCCUCCUUCAAUACCCAAGGCCGAUCCACCUCCUGUUCCUUCUAUGCCAGUCGUACCAAAGCCUCCUUCGAUACCCAAGGUUAAUCCGUCUUCUGUACCUUCUAUGCCAGAACGGAAUGUCGUGCCUGAUAGGGUUGUUCCUACCUCAGCGCCGGCGGGCAUGACUUCGUUCUCCUCAUACUCUCAGCAACAACAAUUACAAAGGCAGCAACAAACCCAAUCACAGUCGCAACACCAGCAACAGCGCCAGCAGAGUCGCGAAGUCUCGCCCCGCCAGCGCACCGAUUCUCAACAACAGGCACGCGAUUCACGUACAUCUCCCAAUCACCCUCCAUUCUCAUCUGCGUCAUCAGCCGCGGCGGCUUCUACUUCCCGACCACCGGUUUCCUCUGCGUCCGCGUCAGCAGCAGCGAGCGAGGCCUUCAGCUCGAGGCAAGACCUUCACACCACAUUCUCGCUUAGCAUUAUCCGGACACCUGGACAUUACUCCUCGGGGUCUACAACGAGUACGCCGACACGCCGUAUGAGCAGCGAUGAUACACCGUCGACUCCAACUUCUCGCCGUACAAGUAGCGUCGAUGCUCAUCUAUCAUUGUCCUCGACUCCCACGCGACGUUCCAGCACAGACGACGCAGGCCGCACACCGUCACGACAGCCUGUAUCUCCGCACUCUCAUGGGCCCAUCUACGGGCCUCCGUCAUCAAAUACACCUAGUCGCUCCAAUAGCCUCUCACGACGCCAGUCUUCUGCGCCUGCGACGUCGUCCUCGGCCACUUCUGGUUCCUUGUCUGCGCCUUCCCUGUCUUUCUUGACCAACUUUUCUGAAGAGCCAGCAGGCCUGCUCAGCCCUCUGGUGGCCCCUUCUCAAUCCGACAGUGGAUCUAGUCCGGGUUCACGUGCAGUCUCUCGCAGCCAGACCUUCCCGACAUUCCCCGGGACCCCUUUCGAAGCCAUUCCAGAAGACCGGGCCGUCUCCCAACCUCGCACCCCCCGCCCGCCUGAACGCGAUAGAGACCCAAAUGCGACCCCCUACGUCAACCCGCGAUCACCCACGCGUUCAUCGCACACUUCGCCUGAUGCCGCUCCGCGCCAGAUAUCCCGCAGUUCGACGUAUCCCUCCAUGGGUCCUUCAUCAACAUCCCCGUAUAAAUCUUCCACGUCCUCCCAAUCGCCGCCGGCCCCUUCUCGGUCGCGCGCAUCUUCUCCUGCGAGAGUCUCUCGGGCGAGUCACAACCCCCUCCCCCAACCGCCGGUCCCGACGGCAUAUCCUCUGGGCACCGCGUCCACAGCAUCGUCCGCAGCUGCGUCUGUACCUGCAUCUGCCCCGCAGCCGCAGCCACAGCCGUCCAGUCCCCGGAAGAUCCGCAAAGGCUUCUGGAAUCGGCGCGGGGACCACCUCACGAUGGAGCGCAAUGGCCAGUUCAUCGUGUAUGCGCCCAGACAGCUCGCUAAUCCGCAGGAGCUGAACGACUAUCCCUCCCCGGUCGACGGGUUCAUGGACCACCGCGGGAACAAGUUGAGGUACGACCCGCAUGUGCCGGAGCUGCCUGACUCGCUUCCGCUGCAUGGCGAACCGCCACGGCGACCAUACCAAGAUGUGAGUGGCUCUCGUCCGUCGAGCGCAGUGUUCGAGGCUCACCGGGGACUGCGCCAGUUUGUGCAAUAUGUUUAUGUCUGA